GUGAGAGAGCAUGAAAAAUAACAUUGUUUACUUUUCUCGUUGUUGUUGUCUCAAAUUGACCAUUGACCAGAAGUAACAACCUGCCCAGCAAAUUCCCACAAAUGUUAAAAUAAAUUAUUUUAAUAAAACUAGCCGAUGGAGACCAAAAACCAAUAUGUACCCAGAGUCAAUCAGAUUGACGCUAUCUCAUUGAACAAAGAUAUCACUCGUAUGAUAAGGGAAAAUUUGCUGGAAAACAUACAGGCAAUAUCACCUAUAUUAUACUUAAAAAUACAACCGGAAUUGGAUUUGCUAAUACAAUCGGCCAUUUGGUUUGGUUCGGUAGGGAAACGAUGCUCAACAUUUGGACAGCAGCUAUUGGUUUUAGCUUACGACUCGGAACGUCUGACCAUAUCCAGAUUGGUUUUACAUUUCUGUCUCACUGUCCUGCCCAGUUAUAUUAAAAAAUUGGAGGAACGCCGUUUAAGUCAUCGUGUUGAAUGGCUCUCUAAGGCCAUAGAAUAUGGAGAGAAUGCCGCAUUGGUGUUGUCGGUAUUGAAUUUCUUUCGAUUCUUGAAAACAGGCCGUAAACCUACUCUCAUUGACUUCCUGCUCGGUCUAGACUAUAUAAGUUUACGUCACAACCAGCGGCGUGAUAUUGGUUAUAAAUAUUUGACCCGUGAAUUGUUAUGGGGUGGCUUUAUGGAAAUUUUGGGUUUAGUCCUGCCCAUCAUAAAUUUCCGUAAACUGCAACGAGUUGCACGGAAUUUAUUCUUUUUUAAGAAAUCAGAAGCCCUUGAUGAAGCUGGUAAUUUCUUGCGACCGGCUAAUCGUAAACCAAAAUUAACUCCCACCACAACUUGUGUAUAUUGUGGCCAGCGCCCCACAUUGCCCCACUAUAUGGGUUGUGAACAUAUCUACUGUUAUUAUUGUUUAUCGGCCAAUAUAUCGACAGAUUCGAAAUUUUGUUGCACCGCUUGUGAUAGUCCAGUUUCAGCUAAUGGCAUAGAGCCCCUGUAGUCGAGCUGUGAAUUAUGUAUAACAAUUACUAUGUAGUUGGAUCUAUUCUAAGCAGAGUAUAAAUACGGAUAUAGGGAUACUUUUUAUAUACAAACGAAACUGUGAAAUAAAAUUUAAUAAAUCAAA